AUAUACGAGGGUCUUUAUGAAUAGGGUAGAGGAUAUCGAGCGUGUUAUUAAAUAUAUUUAUUCUAUAACUAGUUAUCAAAGGUACUUUUUUGUUUGUAUGUUUUGAAAGAAGGGGUCACUUCGACCUUUUCGAAAUCUUUUAUUUUUCUUCAAUUUUAAUCUCUUUUAUUCGUAUUAUAUACCCAGUUCAUGUGUAUAUCCGUUUGCUUACACGGUUUUACGUUUGGUUAUGAUAGAUAUAACGGUAUUCAUCCUUAUCACACAAAUAUUCCAAUACACGUUCGUUGUGCAAAUUAAAUCGUAAAUAUAAGCUAAGCCCAAUUUUUCGUAAAAACCUUGGUAAUAUAUGUUUUUUUCGUUGUUUUUCUGGUGACUUUUUUUCAGUAAUUAUUUAUUUUAGUAUCAAUCGUUUUCAUUUCAUUUUCUUAAUUGGAUUUUCCAUAUUUUAGCUAAAUGACGCCAGGUUAUGCACGGAAAGCAUAUAUUUCUCUAGUCUAUUGAUGCAGGUAUUUUCUAUUUGUCAGCAAAAAUUAUAUGUCUGAGCAGCAUUCUACACACUGUAGUUCCUGUGUUUCAGCGCAUCGUCUAAAAACUAAGAUUUUAAAUCAUGAAGAUAACAGUAGAGACAGAUCAUAAAGAUAACGUUUGGUUGGUUGGAAGUACUCUACAUGGUGUUGUUAAAGUUACAGUUGAUAAACCAACCAAACUGCAUUCAAUUGUAGUACACAUAACAGGUAAAGGCAUGACAGGCAAUUACAAGAUUAGAGAGCAAUGGUUUGGUGCAAAUGAAGAUUACAUUGAUGAAACAAUUAAAAUAUUUGGAGAUGAUAUAGAAGAGUAUGUGACACAUUCAGAAGGAGACUAUUCAUAUCCAUUUUCGGUUCAGCUUGGUGCAGAUAUGCCUAGUUCUUAUGAAGGAGAACUCGGCUUUGUCAGAUACACUCUGAAAGUAUCUAUUACAAAACCAUACCAUGACAAAAAGUUAAAAAUACCUUUGACUUUUAUACGUCACCUUGCCUGCAAUGAAUAUGCUGAUGCAAUGAAUCCAAUUGUGGAAAGUGUUGAUAAAAAAGUUGAGGGAUUAUGUUUUUGCAAGUGUAGCGAGGAAGGAUCCAUGACAGUCAAGCUCCAUGUCAACAAAACAGCCUUUGUACCUGGAGAACCUUUGAUCUAUGAAAUCUCUGUUGAUAACAGAAGUGUAAAUGUGAUCAGACACAUUAGUUUUAUAUUACGUCAGAAUAUAGUCUUUACUGGAUUUCAUAACCACCAACCAGCUAAUACACCGCACUUCCGAACUUGGAAAACCAAAUUUAAAUUGUGUGAGUUUGAAAAUGACUUUAAAAUACUAGCAAAUCAAGGUAAAACAUUCAACGGUGCUGCUACUAUACCAGCCAUUCCACCAACGGGACUACCAGGAUGUAAUAUCAUUGAUAUCAAAUAUUUAGUUAUUCUCCUUGUUGACAACAGCUUUACACAUGUCAAGUUUAAAAAGGAAGUGUUUAUAGGAACCAUCCCAACGACUGAAGAAUCUCGUUCUCCAGCCCCUCUAACUACAGAUGAUAAUGCAUUAUGUACUAAUGAUACUGGGUUUGCACUACAGCCAACUGUACCUCUUGCAUUGCCGCCAUCCUAUGCCCAAUGUGUUUUUGGGAAGGUUGAUCUAAAGGAAGAUGAUGAUAAGGACACAACAUCGUACAGUAACUGGGCACCUUCUUAUACAUAUUAUGACUGGAGCCAGACAACAAACUAUGGAGGCAUGGCGCCAAUAACUGUUACUCCAGAUAAAUAAGAUUCAUACAUUAGACUUAAGUAUGUUGGACAAUGAAUAAGUUGAUAUAUGUAAUCAAGUCUUUGUCUCAACUCAAUGAUACAAAAAUAUUCAAGUAUAUAAAACAAAUUCGAGUUUUGUUUUUUUGAUACAUGUAUCAUAUGACUUCAUAAACAUUAA